UAAUCUGGGCCCCGUUUCAUCAACGAUCGCAUCGCAACUUUAAUGCCAAAAUAUCGCACAUUUCUUAUCGCAUCGCAAUUUGCGUUUCAUCAAAUAUCGCAUCGCCGAUUUGAGUUGCGAUAUUCGCACAUCGCCAAUAAUGAGGCUAUUUUGCGUUUCAUCAAAAAUCGCACAUCGCAAGAGCACCUGUUUUUUGCGAUAUUUUGCUUAAAACAUGCGAUCACACAAACCCAGUCGCAGACGGUAAAAAAAAAUUCAAUAUGGCCGACGUGUUGUUUUUUUUUAUGGAAAAUAACGCGAGAAGGACAGAGCGGGAGUUCCGGCCCCGUCUGGAGAUAGGCGGGGUUCGCGAUAUCGACUUUGUGAAUCGGUAUCGGGUAAACAGAACCACCGCACAGGAGCUAGUGGAGCUUCUGGGGCAGGAUCUUGCCAGAUCCGAACGUGGCGGAAAAACAAUUUCGCCAGAGACCAAGAUCCUCGUCAGCCUAAGAUUUCUUGCGAAAGGGGCAUUCUAUUCUGAACUAGCCGACACCCAUGGCAUCAGUCGCUCGAGCGUGUCCAGAACUGUGCAUAACUUUGUGGAGUCUGUCAACAACAACCUGGACAAUAUUAGGUUUCCAAUCGACAGAGAAGAUGUUGUAAAAGAGAAGAGGGCAUUUUACAACAAAUGUAGACUUCCGAAUCUUGUUGGAGCAGUGGAUGGGACCUUAAUCCCAAUCACUACUCCAACUGUAGAUGAGGAAGUCUACGUUUGUCGAAAAGGUUACCACGCCAUCAACUGCCAGGCGAUUGUAAACACAAGCUUGAAGUUCAUUAGUGUUGUGGCGAAAUGGCCGGGCUCUACCCAUGAUGGAGCGGUAUUUGAAAAUUCAAGAAUUAAGGGACAUCUUGAUGCUACAGCAAAUGUAGUUCUUCUGGGCGAUAGUGGAUAUGCCCUGAGCCCCUCCCUACUCACCCCCAUAAUGAAUCCCCGUUCCCAACAGGAAGAGCGGUACAACCGCAGACACAAGAUGGGUCGGGAAGUUGUGGAACGGGGAUUCGGGAUAUUGAAGUCCAGAUUCAGAUGUCUACAUCGAUCAGGGGGUGUUUUGCCAUACAAGCCCCAUCAGUGUGCGGCCUUGUUUGUAGCGUGCUGCCGGCUGCACAAUCUGCUGAUGGACAAUGGGGAGGAGCAGGAAGUGGAUGCCGAUGUCAUUGAGGAGGAUGACAACAAUGAUGACCCUGUCGAAGUUGUACUGAAUCAGCGUGGUGCUGCUGUUCGAGAUUAUUAUGUAAACCUAAAUUAACAUUCGUAAAGAUAAAACAAAAUAGUUGGACCUAUUGUUUGUUAAAACGUAAAUUAAAAUGUUUCUUUUUUUAGUUCGCCUUUUUUAAUACGUUGUGGUAGCCUUGUCAUUUACAAAAGUUUUUUUGUUUUUUUUAUAUUUAUUUCCAUUAGAUAUUGGGUAAAUACAUGAUGUCAGUGAAUAAAAUAAGAAUCCAUUUAAAAUAAAGGUAACUAAGCUAAGUAUCUCUUUGUACCCAUGUAUGUCCCUUGCAUAAUUAGAAAUUUCAUGUUUGCGUUAUUAUAUUUGUCCAUGCAAUUCAAUUGAAUACAUUAUUGGAUAAUGCACCUUUAAGUAUUAACCUGACUGACUAGCUAAAUGACUGAAUUACUGACUGAACUUAGGGGGCGGGUUCCGCGACCGCGGAGCCGACACUACGCCCCUGAGUGACCAACCGACUGACCAAGCCAGGGUACCGGCGGGGCCCGCUACCACGUCCCCGACCGCCCCUGUGCUGACUGACGGACAUAACGUUGUUUUUUUAUUCUGACUAACUGACGGACUGACUGACAUUUUCUUUACAUGUGUUCCUUUUUCUUAAUGUUUUUUUUUUAUACAUAUUUGUUAAUUGUUAUUUUGUCUGCACAUUAACAUAUAUGUAUUUAAUACAUUCUGUGCAUUGUGUACUCUUCGUGAUUAUGUUGAAUUUUAAAUGUAAACAUUGUUGAAUUUUGAUAUCAUUAUAUGUGGCUGUACUUGGAAAGGAAAAUAUUAACUACCAUUUUAUUUAAACAAAUGAUAAAAUGCAAACCAAUCAUACAUUAAGCACUGAUUUCUCAUUUUUGUUCACCACAUGUUCAUACGCAUUCUACAUAAUUCACUCAUGUCGUUGGAUGUUAUAUCUGAGACGUAUUCUUGUUGAUACUUGUUUUGGAGGAAGUAUAGUAGCAGCCAAUAAAUAGAUCAUUUAGUUUAUAA